CAGCAAUCUGGCAACCCUGCUAGUUGCAAGGAAGUGGCCUUUUUGCUCCUUCAAAUUCGCAUACAAACGGAAUUUAGAUGACAGAGAAACGGCACUAAAUGCCAAGAAAAAGGGAGAUAAAACUACAAGAUAUUAUCCUUUCAAAUGCCUCGUGGUUUCAGCAGUGAAAUGGAUUUACAAUAUUUAAACAACGCGAUGAAAUUCGUCCUUCCACAAGUCAGGUAUGUCAUGGCUGUGUAAUACGUAUUUAAACUAGCGCUGCCCACCGAACGGUGAUUUUUUCAACCAUUUUAUAAAAUGUUUAAAAAGCUAUAAAUAAACAUUUAAUCACAAUUAAAAAGAAACUUUAACUUAAUAUAAACACCAAAGUUUAAUGUGGUUUAUACCAAUCAAUAAAUCAUUUUAGGAAGCUUGAGGGAACUGACUAAAUUGGUGUUAAACAGUGAGUCAGUUUCCUCAAACAUUUCUUACAAAUCCUUCAAAACUUAGAAUUUACCUUUGCAAAAUUCCUACUGUGAUCACAGAAACUUUGAUAGUGUAAACCAGGCUAAAAAUAUGACCUGACAAUAAUUUUAAAAAGAUCAGGACUUUGGCACGAUCAUGCUUACCCUGGGGUGAUGGGAGUAACUGGAUCUGGGGUUCCUGGGGUGGCUGAUGAUCUUGAACCCAACCGAAGUUCUCGGCUUAGUUCAUCAUUGUCACCAGGUUGAAAUGACAUUUUUUGUUCAGCUGGUGGCUGUUUCUCCUGAGCGUCCCAGCUUCGUGCUACAAUGUUUAAACGGAUAAAAUGUGUUAUAUUCCUGAAGAGGUGGUGUCCUGAGGCCGGUUGUUCAAAGGUGGGUUAGCACUUAAACCCUGGAUUAAAAUUAAACCUGCUGUUUUAGUUUGUGUAUUUCUGCACAUCUGUUUAUUUCAAAACUUCAGAGAAGUAAACUCCUACUUAUCCAGAGAAGAUCUCUGAAGAAAUAUUUCCAAAUUUAUAGACAAGCUGUCAAGAAGUUUGCUUUGAAUUUUAAAUUAACCUGGGGUUAAGCUAACCCAGCUUUGAACAACCAGCCCCUGAGGAUGUGACUGCAGGGCUUCCAACUGAUCAUAAUUUCACCUCAAUCAAUUGAAAUUUUAUUUGUCAAGGCCAGGGGAGAGCAAUGAUGCUCAAUGGAUUAAAAGUUAGUUUAGGUGCUUUAUAUAGACUUGAGUUGGUUAUUAAGCCAUUGAGCGCCAGGGCUCUCUCCUUGAUGAGUAAAAUCGUCUGCCAUUAGACAGAGUAAUAUAAUAAAGUAGGGUGCAUUAGGGCACAAUGCAACUUAAUGGGUUAAUUACCGCCUCGAUAUUUCUCCGCCUCGAUAUUUCUCUGUGAUGCUCUCAUUUGAGUUUCAUCUCCAUUUUGCAUUUGAAAUAAUUCAUCAAAGUCGUGUGUGGGAACACGAGUGUCAUUGUUCCACUGCGGUUGAGAUUGGGGUUCAUCUCUAGGCUUAUUUGAAGACCACGUUUUGUUUUUAGCAGUUUCAAAAUCAUUUCCUGUCCACGUUUUCAAUGGACUCUCUUGUUUUCUAGUUUCCUUUUGUGCUACCCCGGCUGACCACGAUGCAGCAAGUUGAUUGGAUCUCCUCUCAUUACCUAAUAUGGACAACUAAACUUAAGGUAGGUCAUUUCAUAAUUCUACUUUAUACAUAUUGUAUUAUUUCACAUACUGGGGUUGUUGAUCAGUAGUUAAGGCAUGUGUUUUUCAUCUCUGUGACUUGUCAGGUUUGAUUCCUGUAAUAUCCAGUUGUCUGAUUAUAAUUUCACCUCAGUCACAUUUCACAAACACCACACAUUUUCCUCAGGUGAUUUGGUUUCCUCUGGUAGUAAUUAACACUAGAUCAAUAAGGGGCAAUUCUUAUUCAACCCAUAGAUUGAACAGUUCAGAACUGAUAAACCUAUCCAGUAUAAAAAGGGAUUUUUUUCACAAAAGCAUUAAUAACUGACCCUUCUUUUCUGACCGAGGUGAAUUUCUGGAUGAUGGCCUGGGUGACAAAUGACCAUUCUAAAAUAAAUUAAUCAUAAUUUGAAACAUCUGCAAAUGGUAAAACUGCUAAUAUUGACAAGCAGCGAAUUUCUGUACAAACCACAAAUCAAUUCACACAAACUUACAAAACUAUUAUCUAGUUGUUUUGAUUGUUUUUUAUGAAUUCCUUGUAAAACUUUGAUUAUAUAACCAAUAGGAUCAUCCGGUGUAUCUUGAAUAACUUGAGCCAUUAGAGACUGUUGGAUAGAAUACAAUUUUAUACAAACAUGUACAAAAUCGAACAUAGGGGGCUGUCAACAAAUAGAUUGUGUCCUGUGAUGGCAGGUUUUAUCUGUGAUGGGGGUAGGGGGAAUGUAAAGACUCUGCAAUACAUGCUUCUGGAAAGCACAUCACCUUGGACUGGAUAUAGAACCUCGUUUUCGUGAUUGAGAUGUACACAAAAACGAUGCUCAAUAGCCAAAGUGGCAUAUCCUUUCUGGAAGGGUGUAUCACACACUGAUUAGACAGAUUUAGAUCGAGGACGCGGACGUUAAAGACGACCUGAAAAUGGUGUGUUGGGUCCAUGUAUGGAUAUGCCGCACCAUUAUGACACCAUUUUCACAUUGUCUUUGACGUCUGUGAUCUAAAUCUGUCUAUUGACUUUUCUGUGAGGAAAAGCUGUUUCUGGCUUGUGAUUGGCUGUGCUAGGGAGAGGGGCAUGCGGGCAGGGAUUAUGGAACAAGCUGUCACUGCAGAGGGAAAUCUAUUUGUCUGCCACCCCUAAUAAAAAGUUUAAAGAAUUUACAAUUUUCAGAAAUACUAUCAUUACUUUAUAUAUAUUCUGCGGAAAUCUAUAUUAUUUUAAUAAAUUUUGUCCAAACAGAAUCAUCGAACAGAUCCUACGUUUUUGUGGAAGGCAAAAGUCUUAUAAGCAUUAUGAAAUCCCACCACAAUCUAUUGUAUAAUCUGAAUUGGUCAGCCAGAAAAACGUAUAUAUAAAAGCAACAAAGCUAGAAGCCCCAUGGGGGCUAUUUAUGAUUUUGAAUAUUUUAAAAAUUACAUUAUACCUCAAACAAAGGGCCGAUUUUGUGCUUUUUCAAAUAAUUCUGAACCCGAACAGCUGCCAUAUCGUAUUAUUUUAGCAAUCGAGCAAAUUUAAAGGUCCCAAAAUUCAAUUUGGAGUGACACUUUACUCGAGUAAAUAAACUCGCUUCACAGCCGCCAUAUUACUAUUUAUGUGGAAACCAUAGUAACGCUGACGACAGCACUUAAAUAUCACGUGGUUUUUAAUUGUUGGUGUGUGAAACUUAAAAAAUGGCGGGUAACAAAUAACAUACAUUCACGCCAAAAAUACUACUUUAUUUAAGAAAGGAACUAAACUGCUGGAAAGGGCACAUAUAAAUUAUUACAUUUACAAAUUUUGAAUAGAUUUGGAUAAAUACAGAACGGAUAGUAAGCAUUUCAAAAUUGUUAAAAUCGGAAUAAAAUAUUGCAUGUUUUGAGGUUUGCGCGUGAGAAGUUUGUAUAAAUGUCAUUCCUAAAUUUAAUAAUCUCUAAAUCUACUGCCGGAACACGUCUACGCCUGUCACCGAGCUUUGAGGCUCGAAUUAGCUCAGAGUUAAUUUCUUUUAAUUAAAAAAACUGCCGUCAAUGACAAGCGAUUUCGCAAGCUAAUACGCGUUUCACGUGACGAUUAAUGUCAAUAUUAUUUCGGAGAAUGUUUGGUCAAAACGCUUCCGAAUUAACAUAAAUUGCAGUGUAAUUGCAGUAUCAUAUAUCACUUUGAAGUGCUAUUGUGCUAAAAAUACGCACAGAGCCAGCGAACUAAGUGUUUUCGCUCUUUGGAAGAGAAAAAUGUGAAGGAUAUUUUAAAAAAGGAUCGGUUUUUAGGCUAAAGAAGUCUGGAAUGGAUUUGGGUUUUUUGAGGGUAGUUUUUCUCGUCCUUAUUGGCAUAUCAGGAUGUAAUACUCUGACAACCGUAGUUAGUACGACAGGUGAGAAUAGACUAGCAAAUUAGCGAGUUUCACUGAGCUCUUUCGUCAGCAGAUCGUCGUGGUCAGCCUGUAAUUAUGAGAAUGAGAAAGUAAUGUCCAUUCUUGCAUAAUAUGUGAUACUCUUGUAUUUGGUGGCAAAUAAAUAGAAUUGAGAGAUAUAGUUUCAUUUUCUUGCUCGUAUAAAUGUCAACAUUUCUAGAGUUGGCCACCAUCUGCUGCCCUGUGACGCUGACUGAAACGAACAAAGUUAGUCGCGAUAAAAAUUCCUCCGUCGGCUUAAAGCUACUUUAAUUGCGCUUAAUUUUAACAUUAUUGAUUUUACAGAUUAGCACCAAAACUAACAAAUAGAGUUGACCUCUCUUAGUCAAAUUGUGGAUCAUAUUUCAUUGAAAGUUCUCUCAAGCCUGGAAAUUUAAUGUGGGAAAUAUGUAGUAUUCUACAAUAAGCUGUCGUGGUUUGUGUCUGAACUACCUGAAAAAGAUAUCUCAAACGUGCGGUCCAGUUUAGGUAGUAUUCUGCAAUAAACUGCCGUGGUUUGUGCCUCAAAUACCUGUAAAAAUAUUAAAGCUCUUCUUUAUAAAUAGAUUUAAUAUUGCCGAGACUAGACGCGCGUACAUGUCAUAAAAAGAUUACAGUCAUUUCAAUUAUAACGUAGUGCGGUUGUUUCCUAAAGAGGGAAAUAAAAAAUAUUUUGUCGUGAUACGAAUGGGUUUUUUUUGUCCACUAUUUGCUUUAUAGGAUCCCUUUUCUUUCAGUUCCGCCAAACGUCCACCGACAUAAUUUUGGUAAAACUCCACAGGCGCUUGGAAAAUCAACAAACAUUAACAAAACAAUUACUAGUAUCGCUUAAAACACAAACAUGGUUCCAAAGUUCAACGCAAGGUCAUCACACAAGUGACACGACCUGAAUGUCUCCUUGCUAGCUAUAUGAGACAAAUCAGUUACUAUAUGGACUAAACUGACUUUAUUUAUACUGGAUAGCUCUAUCAGUUUUAAACUGUUCCCCCUAGAGGUCCAGUAAGGAUCAUCCCUUAUUGAUCCAGUGUUACUACAGGAGGAAAACUAAACUAAACCAACUUUAUUUAUACUGGAUAGUUCUAUGAUUUCUAUCAGUUCUAAACUGUUCUCCGUAGAGGUCCAGUAAAGGAUCGUCUCUUAUUUAUCCAGUGUUACUACAGGAGGAAACCUAAAAUAAACUAACUUUAUUUAUACUGGCUCGGAUAGCUCGAUCAGUUCUAAACUGUUCUUCCUAGAGAUCCAGUAACGAUGAUCUCUUAUUGAUCCAGUGUUACUACAGGAGGAAAACUAAACUAGACUAACUUUAUUUAUACUGGAUAGUUCCAUCAGUUUUAAACUGUUCCUCCUAGAGGUCCAGUAAGGAUCAUCUCUUAUUGAUCCAGUGUUACUACAGGAGGAAAACUAAACUAGACUAACUUUAUUUAUACUGGAUAGCUCCAUCAGUUUUAAACUGUUCUUCCUAGAAGUCCAGUAAGUUUCAUCAUCCGCAUUUCUAAUUGCACAUUGGUCCAAUAUUACUACAGGAGGAAACCAAACUUGGUAAAACCUAACCGGAAGCUAUCUUCACACAUGCGAACCCCGUUGUUGCGUUUAAAUUCAAUUUUUUCAUAAUCAUCUUUUCCGUUUUCUAGCUAUAAACAAGACAAUCCUUGCUAGCAGCAUAACACCAUCACAAACACCAAAGAUAACAUCGACACCAUCAAAUGCAACCAUAAUAUCCUCCCUUAGCAUUUCAGCUCACAAUGGUACAAUUCAUAACAGUUCCAUCAUGGUAACCAGUACUCUACAUAAAGGACCACACCCUACCUCAACUCCCACAACACAGGUCAAACCCACCUCUACACCAUCACCACCAAAACCAGGUUUCUGUGCGAAAUACAACAGACAACCCUGCCAAGACGUUCUGAACCGAUCGUGGACACAGUUCAACGAAACCGAAAGAUAUUUCGAUUCCAAACUCGGCAUAAAUGGAUCAGAAAUGUUCCUUUCCUUAAUGCUCCAAGAAAGUGACAGACAAAUCACAAACGAUCCAAGAUGCAAAUGGCUGAUUGAGGUCGCCCUCUGCCAAUAUACUUUGUCACCUUGCAUGCCAGACGAUCGCCCCGUUUCGAUCUGUCGCGAGGACUGUGAAAGCUUAACCCAAGAGUGCAAAGUUUCUCUGAACAGAUUAAUCGGUUCUGCUGACAUACUUACGAAUAUAAAAAAAUAUGAUUUUGCACAUUUGGUGUUGCCUACAAACUGCUCGUAUUAUCCUUCAGGAAAGACUGGCAAUCAUUCGUGUGUUUAUAUUGGAUUAUUUGGUAAGUACACGUUCGCUACAGUAAUGGUCAUACCUUUUUCACCAGACGGAAUGUUCAAGAUUAUAUUUUCUUCACUAUAACAUUUUCUAGAUCAUUCAAAGACGAGUUCAAAAACAAGCCAAGAAAUUUUAUGGAUUUCUAUUGGAGCUGGCUCGGCAUUCCUCCUUAUCCUUCUUUUCAUCAUUAUUCUAACAUGCUGUAAAAAACAACGAAGAAAAAAGCUAGAAGAGGGGAUAGAACUUGCAGAAGUAACGCUGCGACCAAAAAGCACAGUAGACUACGCUUCCACAAUGAAAGCAAGACUCUCGCAAAUGUUAGAAAUGCGUUCGUCGUUGUCCUCCAAGAUUGCAGAGAUGUUCGACCCGAGCAAAUUAAAGCAGUUCUCCUUGGAUAAUAUUGAAUAUAUAUCUGAUUUAGGCGAAGGACAAUUUGGAUUGGUUUUUAAAGGUAGAUUAUCUUACUUGCGGUUAUGCUUAAGCUUGGGAAAUUAAACCAGUGCAAUCCAGAAGACAAUCCUUCUAUGACUAUGAUUAAAUCUAUGAUUGAACAUAAAAAACUUAGUCUGUAAUAUACAACGCAGUAUUUAUAUAUCUCAUGGACAUAUUGUAUCGUGUUAAACCCUGUACAGAGGAGCCGCCAUCUUUUCCUUAACAAGUUUUAUUUGACCUUGUUUCUAUAAGUUUUACCUUUGUUGUUCAUAAUUUAUUUCUUGUAUCCAUUUCUCAAGGAUAUAUACAAAAUAUCAAAUUAACCUUUUGUAUAUAUCCUUGAAAAGUAAAAACAAUUUAGGGCAAGUGUGUAGGGCAAGACAAGAAAUGCUUCUAUGGUUUUAGCAAACAAAAGGCAGCCUUGGCGUGAGACUAAAUGAUUAUAAUACUCUGUAAACAAGAGCAACAAAACUUGUCAAGAAAAACUUGUUGACCUUACACACGAGAAGGAAAACUUGUUAAGGAAAACUUGGUUGUCUGUACGGGACUUUAACCUGUAAUGUUUGAUACCGUUUUAGGUGCGGCUUCAGGCAUUGAUGAUUGCGAAGAAGCCUCAGAACAAACGAUCGUUGCUGUGAAAACAUUAAAGAAAGAUUCCAACGAAUCCAGUCAAGACGAGUUUAACCAGGAAGUCGCCUUAAUGUCGGUUCUUGAUCAUCCCAAUAUUGUCAAGCUGUUGGCCGUCGCGACCGAGGAAGAACCAUACUGUAUGAUCUUUGAAUUCAUGGAAUUUGGAGAUUUGAAUCAAUUUCUUAGAAAGAUUAAACCAAUUGAUGGAUCUGAGGAAGUUCCUGGUAAGAAAUACGGACCUUUAGGAACAACAUGCAGAUCUAAUCCAGUAUAAAUAAAGUUAGUUUAGUUUAGGUUUCCUCCUGUAGUAACACUGGAUCAAUAAGAGAUGAUCCUUAUUGGACCCUCUAGGAAGAACAGUUUAGAACUGAUGGAGCUAUCCAGUAUAAAUAAAGUUAGUUUAGUUUAGGUUUCCUCCUGUAGUAACACUGGAUCAAUAAGAGAUAACUCUUACCGGUCCUCCGGAGAAAACGUUGCUGAUAUAUCCAGUAUAUAGAUGAAGUUAAAUUUGACAUCAGUUUGCUUAUUAUUUAGAACUGGAACUAUGUUUAGAAGAUUCUAUCAGUAUUUGUCAACAAGUGGCAUCAGGCAUGUCGUAUCUCGCUUCCUUGCAUUUUGUCCACCGUGAUUUAGCCACAAGAAAUUGUUUGGUUGGCACAGGACUUGUUGUUAAAAUUGCAGACUUCGGAUUAGCUAGAGAUAUCUAUUCUUCGGACUAUUACAAGGUACGAACUGAUAGAGCUAUCCAUCGUAUAAACAAAGUUUAGUUUAGGUUUCCUCCUGUAGUAACAUUGAAUCAAUAAGAGAUAAUCCUUACUGAACUUCUACAAAGAACAGUUUAAAACUAAUAGAUCUAUCCAGUAUAAAUAGAGUUUGUUUAGUUUAGGUUUCCUCCUGUAGUAACACUAGAACAAUAAGAGAUGAUCCUUACUGGACCUCUAGGGAGGACAGUUUAGAACUGAUAAAGCUAUCCAGUAUAAAUAAAGUUAGUUUAGUUUAGGUUUCCUCCUGUAGUAACACUAGAACAAUAAGAGAUGAUCCUUACUGGACCUCUAGGGAGGACAGUUUAGAACUGAUAGAGCUAUCUAGUAUAAAUAAAGAUAGUUUAGUUUAGGUUUUCUCCUGUAGUAACACUGGAUCAACAAGAGACGAUCCUUACUGGACCUCUAGGGAGAACAGUUUAGAACUGAUAGAACUAUCCAGUAUAAAUAAAGAUAGUUUAGGUAGAUUGGUUCAGUUCAGUUUAGAAACAGUUUAAGACCCAGGAAUAUAAACGUCUAAAAACAUUUUCUACAGGUUCGAGGCGACGCCAUGCUGCCUGUGAGAUGGAUGCCACCAGAAGCAGUACUUCAUGGCAAAUUUACAGUGGAGUCUGAUGUUUAUUCUUAUGGCAUCUUGAUUUGGGAAGUGUUCACGUACGCACUGCAGCCCUACUACGGUUAUACUAACGAAGAAGUUAUUGGUUUUGCUAAACAGGUAAGAUAUCAUUGCCCCAACGUCGUCACGAUGGGUUGUUUCUGUCACAGUCUUUAGUACAUGUGUCUUCCAUCCCUGCAUGUGACCAAGGGUUUAAUUCCUGCAAUAUGCAGAGUUGUCUGAUUAUAAUUUCACCUCGGUCACAUGCGAGAAGAGUGCUUCCAGUUUGACUCUACCAAACACCACAGGUUUUCUCCUAGUAAUCUUGUUUCUUCCUGUAGUAAUACUGAGUCACUACGGCGUGACCCUGGAUCUCUAGGAAGAACAGUUUAGAACUGAUAGAUCUAUCCAAGUAUAAAUAAAGUUAGUUUAGUUUAGGUUUCCUCCUGUAGUAACAUUGGAUCAAUAAGAGAUGACUCUUACUGGACCUCUAGGAAAAACAGUUUAGAACUGAUAGAGCUAUCCAAGUAUAAAUAAAAUUAGUUUAGUUUAGGUUUCCUCCUGUAGUAACAUUGGAUCAAUAAGAGAUGACUCUUACUAAUGGACCUCUAGGGAGAACAGUUUAGAUAACUCUUACUGUGGACCUCUAGGGAGAAUAGUUCAGAACUGAUAGAGCUAUCCAGUAUAAAUAGUGUUAGUUCAAUUUAGUUUUAGCGAUGUUAUGCUCACCAAUACCUUCUACCAAUUAGGGUGUAUUGCUGGGCCAACCAGAUGACUGCCCGAAUCAUAUUUAUAAUUUGAUGCUGGAUUGCUGGAAUAGAACGUCCGAAAAACGACCUGAUUUUACGAUGAUUAUCAAACGACUUGUCAAGGAUCCACCGGUGUCCGACUACUGCACGCCCAGGACUUUGUCAGUCACCGCUGAGGAGCCGGGUGAAAAUGUUGCAAUGACACUUGAUGAACCAGUUGGAAAAAUUCCAGUGCCAAAACCAGUCAAACCAGAAAGUAUGUAGCGACGUUUCUUCCUAUUUCGAGGGCCUUACAGAAUUCCUGCAAUACGCAGUUGUCUCUGUUAUAAUUUCACCUCAGUAUUCACAUGUGAAACCAGUUUAGAACUGAUAGAGCUAUCCAGCAUAAAUAAAGUUAGUUCACUUUAGGUUUCCUCCUGUAGUAACACUGGAUCAAUAAGAGAUGAUCCUUACUGGACCUCUAGGAAGAACAGUUUAGAACUGAUAGAGCUAUCCAGUAUAAAUAAAGUUAGUUUAGUUUAGGUUUCCUCCUGUAGUAACACUGGAUCAAUAAGAGAUGAUCCUUACGGGACCUCUAGGGAGAACUGUUUAGAACUGGUAGAGCUAUCCAGUAUAAAUAAAGUUAGUUUAGUUUAGGUUUCCUCCUGUAGUAACACUGGAUCAAUAAGAGAAGAACCUUACCGGACCUCUAGGAAGAAUAGUUUAGAACUGAUGGAGCUAUCCAGCAUAAAUAAAGUUAGUUCAGUUUAGGUUUCCUCCUGUAGUGACAUUGGAUCAAUAAGAGAAGAUUCUUACUGGACCUCUAGGAAGAACAGUUUAGAACAUCAACUGAUAGAGCUAUCCAGUAUAAAUAAAUUUAGGUUACCCCUGUAGUGAUACUAUAUGACUCCCACAUUUUUUAAAAUCUUCAGAUCAUUAUGUGUUACCUGGUGCUAUCGUUAAUUGUGGUUUUAAGUCAGAUAACGGUGAAUGCAGCAAUGGAAAAGCCGAAACCUUACCAGUUGUUCAUAAUAAAAGUGAAAAUGAAGGUGAGUGGUAUUGUUUAAGUUUAUGAAUUAUAUAGCUUUCGGUAAGAGUUCAGGGCAGCAGAUGGUAAUCAACUUUUCCUGGGCGGCAAGAAAAUGAAACUAAAUCUCUCUCUUUUAAGCAUAGAAUGAUGCCCUCUCCAAGGUGUUGAUUUCAUUUUUUCUAUGUUUUUCAGUUCUCGCGGAGAGAUAUUCCAAUAUUACUGCCGUAUGACAAAAUUUUCACAAGAGACAACAGCGCAGUUUGCAAAUAUAUGAAUAUGAUCAAAAUCAACAUGAUCAAUAUACUUCUAGUUUUAACUCAAGUAAUUCCUUCACGCUCAAAGUUCAUCUUUGACUUGAAAAAAUUUAGGGAUAAAGAGACCUUAAUGAUAUUAACUUUUUUUUACAAACAGAGUUCAAAAUUAUCAAGUUCUUUGGUAUACUAGAUUUUUAGCAACUAAAUUAUUUAAUGUAAAAAUUCUUUUUCGAAUGAAGAAGAUGUUGAAUUUAGAAAUCAUGAAUAUUUAAGAGAAAAUAUUAAUUUGAUUUUAUGGCAACAAUACUAUUGAUGAUAACGUUUUGUUCCCAAAAUGAAUAUAAUAUAACAAGGCAAUUAUCAGGAGAUUAUAUCGGAAUAAUCGAUGUAUCGGGAAAAUUGCAACAUUUCUGUUACAUUGAUGUCACUUGUACAGCAUGCAUAUAUAGAUGUUAUUAUCACUAUGUUAAAAUUUUAUACACCUUUUUAUCUUUUACACAUCGUUCAUAAAAAAUGUCACAAGCUUAAUUUUAUUAAAUUUAUUUUAUGAAACAAUCGUAUUUACAUGUUUGACAUGUUAAGAUAUAAAACACAUGACAAUUAGUUGGGUCUUAAAUUUUGUUACAUUCUUGCGACGGGCAGUUCGUCUUUGCGGAAGAGAGUGAAUCUCGCCCAUUCUAAAGUGUUAGUAGUAGUUGUUGUUAAAGUAAGUUCUUUAAAACUCAUUCUGUAUGGAUAUCUGUCUCUUUACUACAUAAAUGUGUCAGUGUCGUUUAAAAAUUAGUACAGUUUUAAUUUAGCUAUUAUUUUUUCGAGUCGUGCUGUUGAUAAAUGUUCUAUAUAUCUUUCCUUUGAGUUGUAGCUAGUAGUGAGUUUCGCAACCAACAACGGCGACGGCAGAAUACAAAUGACUUCUAUACUUUUGUAUAAUACAAAUGACUUCUAUACUUAAUAGAAUACAUGGUUUGGAGACUCGAUGAAAGUACAAUAUAACUCAUUAACUAUGUUGGUUUCGGUUUAUGCAAGAAUUUGGGCCUAUCUCGUCACGUGUGUAUUGUAUUUUUUCCCGCACAACCAAUAGCAAUGUUUAAAUUGAGCAUUUGUUCAAGUUACGGAUGGAUAACUCAACCACAAACUUGUUGUUGGUUAUUUGAGCGAAAAUACAACACAGUCAACACACACGUGAAGGAGAUAUAUAGGACCAAAUUCUUGCAUAAAGCUGGACAAUAACAUAGUUAAUGAGUUAUAUUGUACUUUCAUCGAGUCUCCAAACCAUCUAUUAAAAUAAGUGUGAUCCACUCGAUCAAAAGAAGAGAAUCGCACUAGAAAUCGCAUGGAAAAUUGCAAUUGCUGUUUUCGUGGUCAUGCGCAUUGAAAUGAUCGAUAAAUAACGUAGCUGUUGAACAUCUACGGCGUAUUAGAAUGCUUAGAGUAAUAAAUAUGCUAUUGUUGAUGGGUACGUUCUGUUGCCGCGUUGUAUUUGCCAAACUCCCUAUUAAUUUCAAACGUACGUUUUGUUCAUUCUGGUCAGUGGAGCGUCAGAUCGACUACUUUCUGCUCGUCUCACUACAGCAUCAGUUUCACGUUCCGUGUCCGAUUCUAAACCAGAGUUGACGCUUCCUCGACUUCCAGUGCUCGAGCGUUCCUUCUCUACAGGCUCGUGUUCGAGUUUAUUUGAGUCUUGUGCUCGAGAUGUGAUCAAUGGGUCUUCGUGCGUGUCAUUGCUAGCACUCGAAUCUGCGUCAUUUGCUAAAGGAAACAAAAUGCAUUGAUGACAAAAUAAUGGUUUUUGGACACUCUCUGGUUUAAAAUUUAUUUCACAAGCUUUCACCCGACUGCAGUCUUCAACAAGUUAACAAUGAGAUAAAUUACAACAUUUACAAUGACAGAGUGAAUAUUUCCGCCUACGUAUUUGAUUAAUUGACGACCCUCGUAAUAAGUAGAUUUAAUAUAUAAUAUAAAUAGAAAUUAUUUAAAG